UUCAUUCUGCAUUGGUCAUAUAAUAAUAGUCUUCCAAUUCAUUGAACAAUGUAGUUAUUUUCAAAAUCAAUUCAUCAAUUAAGUAACCAAGUUGCAUUUUCAGUGCUAUGAGUGGGUGUUAAAUAAAAUAUGGAACCAGUGAAGGGGUGUGAAUUGUUUCCAGUGUUUAAACGCUUUGCUGAUGCAGAGAAACAAACAGCAGCUGAUGCUAUUAAUCUUUAACAUCUUCAGAGAAAUCAUCCCUAGCAUCAUGUGAGGAGCUGCACUUUACUCUCAUCUGGAGGAAACCUCACCAGAAACACGACUUCGCCCGCAGAGGAAUGAGAAACGAGGUGAAGCUCCUCACGGAGCCACAUGAUGCUAAAUUCAAACUCAUCAUUCUGGUCUAAACUUUACUUUGAACUUCUGAUAAUGACUUUUUGUUCUAACUGAAGGCAGAAGCAGAAGAACCAGAAGCAGGUCUGAACGAUGUGGUUGAUUUUCACGGCUCUUCUGGUCGCCUCGAUAAACCCACAGAGCCACACUUCGGUGACUUUUGCUUCCACUUGUUGGGUCAAAGGUCAACCAGACGAAGAAAUUGUUUUACGCUGCGGUGAUGGAGAACAUGAAGGUGAGGUCCAGUUCUGGCACACACCCUUCGGUGACCUCCAGAGCUCUGGUUCCCAGUCCAAACUGGACCCAGUGUUUAUGCACCAGGAUGGGAGUCUCAUUAUACCAAACUCCAGCAUCCACCAUGGUGGGCUGUACUACUGCAUCCUGCGGCACGCGGAGGGAACCACGCUGUGGCCCUUUGAGCUCCACGUGGACCAAAACAUGGGGGCUGAAGCUGAGGAAGGGGGCGGCGGUGGCGGCGACUGCGCUGCAUGCCGGUUCAGGAGGAACGCAGCUUUUCCAGGCGAGAAGGAAGCCAUUAUUUCAGAUGAGAUCUUUGCAGGAGCUGUGGCUGCAUCGGUGCUCCUAACGUUUGUGGUGGGAUUCAGCGCUGGAGCUCUGUCACGGACUCCUGUUCUCAGGUGCUUCAAGUCACUCUGUCCAAAGCAGCGAAGACGUCAAGCUGACGAACCAGACGGCUCUCGGGUUAUCAUGACAUCCCUGCCACCCGCUAACCACGACCAGGCCUUCCGGACCGGAGCGACGCCCCAUGACUCUCGAUUCUGGAGAACCGCAGCGACACCAACUGCGCUGGAAACCCCAUCUCCACCCGCCAAGCCCAAGCGGAGCUUUCGGGUCAAAGUAGAAGAAAAAGAAGAAGAAGAACCGGAGAGAACUGCUUAUUUGGAAGGAUGUGAUUCCAACAUGGCGGAGGAGGAAACCGGAAGCGGAGAGGAUGGCGAAGCGAAGGAGGAGGAAGAAGAGAGCGUCAAGCAAGAUGAAGAGGAUGGAGAGAGUGAAACAGAAGACAGAGAGGACAGAGAGGAAGAAGAGGUGGUAAGAGAAGAAGAAAAACAAGAAACAGACGAGAGUGAAGAGCUGGAGCAGGAAUCCACAGGAACAGACGAGGAGAGGAGCGACAAAGCGGAAGCGGAAGCUGAGCCCGGAGGAGGAGACCCGCCGCCCGGUUCUGCCCGGCGCCGCAGCCGCGUUAUCCGCCUGUACCAAUACGACGAGGACGGCCAGCGAUACGGUCACCUCCCGGAGCCGGAAGCUCCUGAAGCGGCCCCCAGGCCCAGGCAGCGCUCCCGCUCUCUGACCCGCCUGAACGCCAUCAUGGCGGCGGCCGCAGCGGGGCCGAUGGAGCCAGAGGAGGAGAGGCAGCACUUCCGCAUGGACAUUUAGGACUCGUGUUGGUCUGAUUCAAUCAUUAUCACAUUAUUUGGACAACAAUGGCAUACAGAAAGAAAAAGGGAAUAAAAUUACCCUUCCUUUAUUAGCACAUGCGCACAUUAGCUGAUGGUAUAGAUUGUACUUCCGGAAUAAGGCAAAAUGGAGGCGAUGUGCCGUUUGAGGCCUA